AUGAACGAACGUAUGAAUGAUUUUAAUCAAUUGGUAGCUGAAGAAUAUGUGAAAUUAUUUAAUUUUCAAGGUGAUACACUUGAUCGUGCAUUAAGAAAAUUUGUUAAACAAUUUACUAUUAUUGGUGAAGCACAAGAUCGUGAACGUGUUUUACAUUUUUUUGCUGCACGAUAUCUUGAUUGUAAUCCAACAACAUUUAGUUCAGUCGACGCUUGUCAUAUGCUUACUUGUGCAAUAAUGUUGCUUAAUACAGAUCUCCAUGAUCGAAAAAUUACAAAUAAAAUGACAUUUCAACAGUUCAGUGAUAAUUUACAUGAAUUAAAUGAUGGAAAAGAUUUUUCAAAAGAUUUACUUAAAUCAUUAUAUAAUGCAAUUAAAAACGAACAACUUAUGAAUGAAACAACUCUUGACGCAGACGAUUAUAAUGAUGUACGAUUAGAUGACCAUGGAACAUUACAUGGUUAUAGCAACAUUGUUAAUCCAUUUUUAGAGAUUUCUGAAACAAAUAAAAGUACCGAACACAUGCAAGGUUAUCUUAUGCGUAAAUGUUGUGUGGAGUCCGAUGGAAAACGAACUCCAUUUUUACGUCGCGGUUGGAAAGCCUAUUAUGCUAAUUUACGUGAUAUGGUUCUUUAUUUACAUAAAAAUGAUCAACAACCAACUACAAUAUUAAUUAGUGAUACAAAUGCUAUACGUUUACAUCAUGCAUUUGCUCAAGAAGCUACUGAUUAUCGUAAAAGACAACAUGUUUUUCGUUUAAAAACAUCUGAUUGGGCAGAAUAUUUAUUUCAAACAACUGAUCAUGAUUUAAUGAUUAAAUGGAUUGAUACAAUUAAUUUAGUAGCAGCAUCAUUUUCUUCUCCACCAUUACCUGCAGCUAUUGAUUCUGUAUCAUUACAUUUUCAACGACCACUUUUACCAAGUGUACAAACACGUUACUCAGUUUUUGAACAAUAUGAGUUUAUUAUUCAUCAAAUAAAUGAUAUAACAAAACAAUUAAAUGACUUAAGAAUUCAAUCUUAUGCAAAUAAUACAAUUAAUGGUGAUACUAAACAAAUAAAAGCUUGUGAUAAGAUUGAAAAUAAAGAUAAACUUGAAUAUCUUCAAUAUGAAUUACAACGAUAUGAAGCUUAUGCUGAUAGAUUACGAAGACAUUUUGAACAAUUACAAUUAGAUCAUUCAUCUCUUACUCUAAAUAUUAAUGAAAAUCAACAACAUCAUACUUUUAUUGGACCUAUUGAAGCAUUAUCAAGUGUAAAUACUCCACAACAAUCAUCAUCUGUUAGCUAUAAAAAAAGUUCUCAAUCAGCAAAUAUAGCAUUAAUUAAUGCUAAUCGUUAUAGUUAUAUGAUGGCUGUUAAUACAAAUCCUUUAACAAUAAAAGAACGUCGAUUAUAA